AACUAAUACAACAAAAUGGUCAUGAAACUUUUCACUUACCCAGAAAACAACCGUGCUUUCAAAAGCUUAAUCGCCGCUAAAUACGCCGGUGUUGAAAUUGAAGUCCCAGCCUUCAACUUCCAAACUGACAGAGACACUGAAUGGUUCAAAGCUCUUGCUCCAUUAAAGAAAGUCCCAGUCUUAUCAACUGAACAAGGUCCAAUCUUUGAAUCAAACGCCAUGGCCAGAUACGUUGCUCGUUUAGGUGGUAACUUAUAUGGUACUGAUGCCUACACCGCUGGUGUCAAUGACCAAUGGAUCGACUAUGCCUCAAACGAAAUCGACCCAAUUAACUACGGUUGGACUUAUUCAAUCCUCGGUUACACUGAUUUCAACUCAAAAGAAACCCAAAAAGCCAAAGAAAACAUGAAAAAAGUUCUCGGUUUCUUAAAUGAACAAUUAUUAAACAAAUCAUUCUUAACUGGUGCUCGUGUUCAAUUAGCUGAUGUCAUCGUCUUCUGUUCAUUAAUCAACUUCUACAAAAUGGUUUUAGACCCAGCUUUCCGUCAACCAUUCGGUAAUGUUAACAGAUGGUUCAUCACCAUGUUAAACCAACCAAACGUUAAAUCCGUCGUUGGUACUGUUGCCCUCUGUGAAAAAAUGAUGGCCUACGUUCCACCAAAGAAAGAAGAAAAACCAAAAGCUGAAAAACCAAAAGCUGAAGAAAAACCAAAAGCCUCAGAAGAAGAAGAAGUUGAAAAACCAAAAAAGAAAAACCCAUUAGAUGAAUUACCAGCUUCAACUUUCUCAUUAGAUGAAUUCAAACGUACUUAUUCAAACAAUGAAGUCUCCAUGUCAAUUCCAUGGUUCCACCAAAACUUUGACGCCAACGGUUUCUCAGUCUACUACUGUGAAUACAAAUACAACGACGAAUUAGGUCCACUCUUCAUGACCUGCAAUUUAAUCGGUGGUUUCUUCCAACGUUUAGAUUCAUUACACAAAUAUGGUUUCGCCAGCAUGAUCGUCUUCGGUAAAGACUUAGGUGGUGGUAAAAUCGAAAACCAAUCAGUUUCUGGUAUCUGGGUCUUCCGUGGUAACGAAAUCCCAUUCGAAAUGAAAGAUUGUGAUGAUUCAUUAGUCUAUGAAUGGAAAAAAUUAGAUGUUGUUGCUGACAAACAAUUAAUCGACAACUACUUAGCCUGGGAAGGUUUCACUGACAAAAACUUCUUACAAGGUAAAUUAUACAAAUAAACAAUUUAUCUUUUAAUUUUAAAAAUUUAAAUUUUU